ACUAGGAGUCUAGGACUAUAACCUAUGAAAACAAAGCUUGUUCUCUUCAUUAUUCUGCUCUCUCUAUGCACCAACUUAUUAGCUGCUCUAUCCAGAGAUGAGGAGCAGGAAGAAGAGGACCCUGAGCUCACAACAUGCAUGCACCAGUGUGGCCAGCAGCAACAGUAUUCCAAGAGUGACAAGCGAGCAUGCGUUCGCAGUUGUGAGAGGUACCAUCAAAUGAAAAAAGAGCGAGAAGAAGAAGAGGGAACCACGAUGGAGAAUCAAAAUCCUUAUGUGUUUGAUAAUGAAGAUUUUAGGACCAGGCUGGAAACACAAGACGGAAGAGUUCGGGUUCUGAACAAGUUCAGUAGAAGAUCCAAGCUCAUCAAAAGCAUUAGCAAUUAUAUUUUGGUCACUAUGGAAGCUAAGGGACACACUUUCACCUCUCCAACUUACUUUGAUUCCGAUGCCGUUAUCUUUGUACUCAAAGGGAGAGCGGUGAUUGGGUUGGUGAGAGAAGACAAAACGGAUAGGUUCAACCUCGAAGAUGGAGACAUGAUGAGGGUAGCAGCAGGCACAGUAGUCUAUUUCGUUAACAAAAAUGAGAAUUAGAACCUUGUCCUUGCCAAUCUCUUUAUACCUCUCACUACACCUGGAGAC